AUUUUAAUUUUUGGGUUUUAAUAUGGCUGUAAACGUUUCCCUGGUUCGUGAUACAAAAUGGCUGACGUUAGAAGUGUGUCGAGAGUUUCAGAGAGGUACUUGUUCUCGGUCUGACGCAGAGUGCAAGUUCGCCCAUCCGUCACGGAGUUGCCACGUGGAAAAUGGUCGAGUUAUUGCCUGCUUUGACUCCCUAAAGGGCCGGUGUACCCGAGAGAACUGCAAAUAUCUCCACCCUCCCCCGCACUUAAAAACACAACUUGAAAUAAAUGGACGCAACAACCUGAUCCAACAGAAGACAGCCGCAGCCAUGUUUGCUCAGCAAAUGCAGUUCAUGCUACCGGGCGCGCAGCUACAGCCCAUCGUAAGUCACG